UCGUGUCGUUAGUAGCGAUAACGCGUCGGAGAGCGGCAGUCGUACCGCUUCUGUCGCCGACAGUUAAUUAGUGUUUUUUUUCGAUAGGAGUAAAUGUUUGAGGGUAGUUUUUUUUUUUGUAAAGCAAAUCAAAAAAAUGCCGUCUUUCAAAUAUGAAAUCACAGCAUUAAUUAAACUCGUGGAAUCGAAGCCCUGUAUUUGGGAUAAGGGCAAUGAACAUUAUAAAAACAAACAAAUUCGAGAACAAAGUUGGCAGGAAGUAUUUUCUAGUUUGGAAGAGAAGUAUGAGCAAAUGGAUCAAAUAGAAAAGAAAAAAUUAGGUGAUGUCAUUCUUGCCAAAUGGUCAAAUGUAAGGGACUCAUUUAUAAGAUCUUCGAGGAAAAACCGUUAUCAAGGACUAAAGCGAAGCUAUAUAUACAGCGAGCAUCUCCAGUUUUUAUUGAAAUCGAAACAAGAUGACAAAGAUGAUGUUGGGAGCAGUUUCAGUCAGGAUGAAACUGAAUAUGAUAGGUGUGAUUUGGAAGGAUUAUGUGAUCCACUGUCGCCACCGCAGUCUGCUUCAAACUUACAUCAAUGGAAAAGACAGUUGGACGAUGAUAUAGAGCAAGAAGUAGGAAGGAAAUUGAAAAGAGGAAAGCGAUGUGUUGAGCAAUACUCAAAUAAGUCUCAACCCGAUCAUGAGUUGAUACUAUUGUCUUUUCAACCAUAUAUACGAGAUAUGAGUGAAGAAGAAUUGAUGGAUUUUCAGAUGGGAGUUUUAACAAACAUCAGGAAAAUUAAGCAACAACGGGGUGGAAGGCAGGAAUCUAUUUAAGA